AUGACAUUGGCCAUUAAAAAAAUGACGCAGCUGCCGAUAGGUCAAGAGCUGAACGCUAUCCAGGACGGAACCACUCUAGCUUAUUCUCUGAGUUUACCGCAUAUAUCUACGAAUCUGCUCUCUGCAGCACAGCGAAGCGAGCUGAACAGUUCAAAUUUGAGGACGGCAGAUUCAAGUGUACAACAAAUUUACAUCAUUGCCGUACUUUUUUACUGCAAUAUUAAUGGACGAAAGUAUGCCCCUGGACUUGUUGGUAGAGAAAAAACAAAAAUGGUGACGUCUGGAACGCUUACAUUCUUAGUGCAAGGCAUUGAAGCUACUUUUGGGGAAGAGGCACAUAUUAACAAGAAGCUGGCCGUGCGUUUCGCCGUGGGAAAUUCCGAGUACACUACCAAGUUUUCGAAACAUGACGCGCGCAUCGAUGAGCACGCCACGCUACAAGUGCAUGAGGCUGCAGCCGAUGCCACACUCACCAUCGAAUUGCUACAUGAGAAAACGAAAAAACCGCUUGUGAGCACACUUAAGCCGCUGGCUGAUUUCCAGAGUAAUUCAUCUAAUCGUAAGAUGAUGUUUACUUUUGGUGCCAAGUCGGCACCCAAUAAAGUUGUGCUAUCCUACAGUGCCAACUGGGAGUCAAGCGAGACUAAAGUCGCCACUUUUGAUGCUAAACGGCCAUGGUUUAUGCGUGUAGGUUACUAUUAUGACACGACCAAAAAUGUGUACAACUACACCACAAGCUUCCGCGUCGUGAAGCCUUUUGCAAGAUUCGGGGAAUCGACAGCCAAUACGGUGGUUGAAAAGGUCAGCGGCAAGACGCUUCAUGAGAUCGAUGAGGCGUGGGUUGGCCCUGGUCUCGACGCGCUAGACAAUAAAGUGGAUGCCACUAUAAUGGCUGUGGCUGGGACGCUCUAUACGGGUCAGCAAUACGCGCUUAAGAAGAAGGAUGAGGCUGUUGAAGCGGCGUCGCAUGUCGUUAAAAAAACGAGCGAGAAAGUAUCGGACGCUGUAGGUGCUACGGUACAUACGGCCACGAAUGUCAAGGACUAUACGACUGAAAAGGUAGUCUCGGCCACUUCGACAGUGUAUGGCACUGUAGCCUCUGUGGCUGACUACACGAAAACGCAAGUGGUGCACGCUUCAUCGUCCACCUACGGUACAGUCAAGGGCGUCACCUUUACAGCGCUCAGCUACGUACCUGUGAUCGGUCCUAAGAUUGCGGUUUAA